AUGAAGCUCUACGUCAAGUACUAUCGAGUAGCGCACGAGCCCGCAAUUAGCUGUCUUAAGGAAACUGGCGCACUACACCUUCUGGAUGUCCCUUUCGAAAGUUACAUAGUAUUGGCGCUGUAUCGCUACCUAGAAAUUAACCAAUCGAACGUUGUGGUACAUUUUGUGCAAUGCAAAGCAACUUCAAACGUUCUAAGUGUAGCGGUUCCUAGUUCGAUCCUGGAUUGGUCCAUAUUUUUCCCUGACGACAAGCCGUUAUCGAAUGAUCCGGCUCUAUUUUGCCAGUUGCCAUCGAUCUCCAUCGAACGAAUUGAUACGAUUGUGUCCGGACUCUGCGGCGUAUGUCGUCGUUUAACGAAGGAACACGUUUCGGUAUCGCCAGAAUCUAGCGGAUUGCUAGGUUUUAAGGGAAAUACGUUAGUAGCACCAGCAGAUGCCUCUCUUUGGACGAAGUUUUGUGAAAUUGAUAUGAUACGGUGCGUGGAAGAUUUGCUUACAUUCGGAGCAAAAGACGACUGUAUUCUUCCCUUUGAGUUGGGGCAGUUUGAAAGCCAUCUGCUGCAACCGUUGAAAUCGCACAACAUCUACAAACUGAUCAAUAUGGUAAACAAUGUGCGUAUAUCUUCGGACGAAGAACACCGGAAGCUGGUAGACGUUGAUCAACGGUUUGAUUUCCACGCCAACCACAAAUUUGCGGAAGGAUACGAGAAAACACUAGCAGAUCUAAUACUGUUCAUAUGUUUCGACGUGGUUGAGCGUCGCCUGACGAAAGAUUUUAUGCGAUCAAAGAUGUCUAGCAUUAGCGAGUGGAUGGAGCGCAUUGCCAAACACGACGAUGGUAAACUGGCCCGAGUUUGUAAAGAAGUGAUGCCUACUGUGGCUAAUGAUUCCGCACUGUGUGCAAUACCGUGUUCAAUUCUGGUGGCGCAGCAGAUUAUCAUUCCGCAGGAAUUUAGUCUGUACAAAUCGGACACGAAAAAGUUGAACUUGAAGGGAGAUCAAAUACUCACGACAAACCAGGCCGAGGUGCUGGAAAUUUUGCGCAAAGUUAGCCGCAUAUCUACCGACAUAGGUAGCACAGUAAACGAUUGGGAGACGAAUCUAUUCGACUGGGACGCGGUACCGAUGGAUGCCAGACCGGAGGGAGGAAAGUUGCCACCCGCUCGGAUCCUCCGCAAGCGCCAUCAACUGGAAAGUUUGGUAAAUGAAGUAAUGCGACUAGCCAAUGAUGGGAAUAAAACCAUUGUAGACUUUUGCUCUGGUACCGGACACCUCGGCAUACUGCUUGCGUACCUUUUGCCACGCUGCACGGUUUAUCUGUUAGAAAACAAGGAAGAAUCACAGCAACGCGCGAUGGAACGCGUAGAACGGCUUGCUCUUCGCAAUGUUGUAUUUUUCCAGUGCAACUUGGAUUAUUUUACGGCUCGCUUUGAUAUCGGCGUAUCGUUGCAUGCGUGUGGUGUUGCGACUGACAUCGUACUAGAGAAGUGCUUUGCACAGCGAGCACACUUUGUUAGCUGUCCGUGCUGUUACGGGAAGCUGUACAACAUCGAGCAAGUAACGUACCCGAGAAGCGGUCUAUUUCAGCAGUCCGAUUUGUUGUUGAAAGAAUACUUCUGUAUUGCGCACUGUGCAGACCAAACACAUGAUCUGACCAGUGAUAGGACGAAUGUGGCAAAAGCUCACCAAGGCUUUUACUGCAUGGAUGUAAUCGAUCGUGACCGAGCACUGCGGGCCGAGGAGCUUGGAUAUGGUGUGUUACGGAAGCGUCUGAAGGAUGAGAGCUGCACGCCAAAGAACCGACUAUUGGUAGGUAUCUAUGGCGGGUGUGCGUGA